AUGGAUGUGACACCCAGCAGGCUGGCUUGCUUCAAGCAACUGCGGGACGAGCUUACUUGCGCGGUGUGCCUGGACAUAUGCGUUCGGCCAUGCACAACACCAUGCGGCCACAACUACUGUCGCAGCUGCCUGCGUCGCAACACGGAGCUUAACCGGCCGUGUCCGAAGUGCCGCGCCAACUUACCCGCUGGACACACAACAGGUCCCACUGGCAACGUGGCGGCUGGCUCAAAUGUACUAGCUUUCAACGCCGGCAUGCCGACGCUGUCGCAGCAGGGCGCUGGCAGCGGUCGUAGCCUUAGCAACAACCCGUUUUUGCGCCUGCCUCGCCCUGCUGCCGCGAUGGCCAGUGCAACUGCCAGUCGCGGCCCUGGUGAGGUCACAGCGGUGGUGGAUACGCGGAGCGCUGGCUUGCUGCAGGUGGUCGCUGGACGACAAGAUACGGGUAUUGUUGCCGCUGCUGCACCGCAUUUCAAUGCCUCGCAGCGGGCACUCCUGAGCGCCUGCAUUAGCACCCAGGCUCAAGCCGGGGCGCGCGAUGCAUUGAACCGUACGGGUAGCGGUGCCUUAGCCACUUUCCGCUCGGAUGGCAUGGAUGCGGCAGCCGGUCCCGCCCCUCGUGAGGCAUCAAUCACCUCACAGGAUAGUGGCAGCUGCACCACCGCCGGCGGCGAGAGCAGCUCGCCGAGCACGCUUGGCAGCAACUGGAGCACUAAGGCUUUUGAUGAUGCCUCGGAACUGGAGCUUCUCCCGGAGAACGAUGACCUGUGUGGUUUGGGCAGCUGCACGACAGUCAAUGAGAGCAGUGCGGCGUCGCGGGGUGUAGCAGGAGGCGCAGGAUGUAGCACACUUGCGAGUAAUGGCCGUUGCAAUAACCCGCGGAGGCCGCCUCCGGAGGAUCUGCGGCAGCAUCCGUCCCUGCGUCUUGAUGACGAGAGCGACAUCAGUCGGGAUCUGGAGCUAUCGGUGACAACGGACAGCGGUAUCGGCAAUGGGUUGACCGCAUUGAGUACGGACGUUCCUGGUGCCGCUGUGGCAAGGGCUCAAGGAAAUGUGCAGGACAACCGAUGCAUUGCCGAAACUCAAGGCACACCACAACCCUGUUUGGGGACCUUUGCAGACGCGCCUUCGCCUUCGUGGAGCGAACUAGACGCGCAGGUAGCCCGCGCGAUGGAGCCCUUGCACAUCUCUCCGCCCAAUCUGCCCCGUCUGCGCGUGUCAUUGCGAAGGGAUCCAAUGCCCAUGCCUGCACCUGCCAGUCAUCAAACGGUUUCUUUGGACGCCGGCAGCAAACCACCUGAAGGCCUUGUUAUCCGGACGCGGGUAUGCAGCCAUUCACAGCACAACACGAACCCGGACCUGGCUUCCAACUACGAUGGGGAGGAACCGAGUGGUGCAGACACUUUUUUCUCCUCGCCUUUCUUCGAUCGCGCGUUGCUGAUGGAGAGCUUGCAAGAGGCAGCAGAGGGUUCUGAGCCCGGUAGCGAGGUCGGGUUCUCACCCCGGUGGCUAGCUGGUGGAGCCUGCGAUGGUGACUGGCUAAUCGACGACAGUGGACGCCCAUUUGUUGGCGACAGACUGCUGACAGCGGACGCUGGUGCAGCCGGAGAGUUGGCUAGUGGGGACAGGCUUGCUACCGCAGAAACGGCUCUUAUCGCACUUGCUGAGAGCGGCAGAUUGCAGGAAUUUGUCGCCAGGGGCACGGGGACUUCGCGGCCUGUCCGAGACGGUUUGCCUUCCAGCAUGCCAGUAGGGCAUGGCUCUACGGCCCAGGCACAGGCAGACUCGGCUGCGAACAGGACUGGACUCCUGCCUGGUGACCGGGGGUGCCCCAUUGAGCUGCUUUCAGACAGCGAUGAGGAGCGAGGAAAUGAAACCUUCCUUAACCUGGAGCUCAGGGUGGCCAGUCCCGAAUGCGAGGCUGCCACCUGCCAUAUGCAGUACCUGCAAAACCAGAAGAACCCCUUGGUGCCACAGGAAGAGGCUUUCGCCCUGACCGUGGGGACGAACUUGGUGCGUGUGUCAUCCUUACACGCGCCAGGCGGCAAGGACUCGCCAGGAAACCACCCGGUCACCAUCGUGUUGCACUCACCCACAACACAACAAGUAAGCGGUCGCCCGGCAACCCGUGGCAAGCCUCCCGCCAUCCAAGCACCAGUGGGUCGCCUGCAGCAGCAUAAGAGCACAUCCUCCAUUGAGAUAUCCGGCUCUGACCUUUCCGGAUCUAUUGAUAUCAUGCACGAGGAUAAUCCGCGACCGACCGCGGCUCGGGGACCUGGGGCAGCACCUGGGCAGGGGAUGCGACCCAGCACGGCUGGCAGGCCCCCUCCGUUAUCAGGCAGAUCCGCUAACCUGCCGCCGGCCGGAAUGCAGCCUCGCAGCGUCGGCGGUGGCAGAGGAAUUGGCGGCGGCCGAAGGCCGGCCACGGCAGGGAGCGGCGGCAGCGACAGCCUGUCCAUCUCCGCCCUGAGCUCGGAUGACCUUUCGGCCGAUCUGGACAUUACGGGAGGUGGCGGUGGUGGGGCCGGCGGUGGACAGGAUACGUUGGUAGAGGUGCUAAGCUUGGAAGGUCCCAAGAAAACCAAGACCCACAUCACCCGGGCCGGCCUGAAUCAGGAGGUCGUCCGCGAGUCAACCCACACUGUGGCCAUGUCGGAACCGGAGAGCCUCAUGUCACUCAGCGGAGGUGCGCUGGGCAGCGUCAGCGGCAGCCUGGUCAUUGACAACAGCGAGGACAUGGGCUUAGGCGUAGGCAUAGGCGGGGGCGUGAACGAAGCCGGCAGGCGGGGGAUGCAGCAGGGUGCAGGGCGAGCAGGUCAGGGAACGCAUCAGCCGCAGCCGCGGAUGAGGCCGCCUGCGGCGGCCAGCUCCGGAACCAUUGAGUACGAUGAAGAUUUCCUCGGCAACAGCGACAUCGGUGUCAGUGGAGGCGGCGGCCUCGGAAGCGCCAGCAUUGAGUACGACGUUAGCGGCUCGAAUGAGGGAGGCGGCGGAAUGUUGGCGAGGGCAACUGCUUCAGCUGUGUAUGCUUCAGGGGCUGUAGGGCGGCAGGUAGCGGGACGGCAAGUGGCUUCGUCGGCGCCGCGGUACGGUGAUUCCAAGACGCCAUCUAUUUCCGGGAGCACCUCUCUGUCGUCUAUCGGCGUCGACUCAGCGGCCUCAGGAUCCGGCGCAUGGCGAGGUGGGCGAGACAGCUCCCAAAGCCUGCAGCCCCGGCCUGGCUAUUCAGCCCUCCACCCUGACCCCCUGAACCGUACGACGGGUUCCGUACGGCUCAGCCGUCCGCAAAGCAUUGGCGGCCUGACGGCGGAGCCAGCGUUCGCGAGCGGCAGCAGCCGGAGCGGCGUGACGCCAAGCAGAAGUACCGGCGACGGCAGCGCUAAGCGCAGCGACGGCCGCAGCAGGCAGAGCAGCAGCGGCGGCGGUGCUUUGGGCGUUAACCUCAUGGACGCAUCAGCGCUGGAGCCCGUCAGCGGCGGUAUGGACGAGUCGUACGGCGUAUACAGCAGUACCGAGAUCGUGCGUCACGCGACUGACGUUAACCGGAGUUUGGACAGAAGCGACAGGAGCCGCGGCGGCAGGCGCGCCGUGGACAGCGGUGGCGCGCGUAGCAGCCAUAGCAGCGGCGGUUCGUCCUCCUCCGGAAGCUCAUCGUACGGAGUCGGCGGUGUACGGCUUCAUGGUAUCGAGGACCUGGGCACCAGCGGCGACGCGGUCAGUGGCGGCCUCACGCAGCCGGUGGCCUCCGCCACGCCGGAGGUGUCGUACAGUGACUUGGGUAUCGAGGAGGAAGCUGGUGUCAGCUAUGGCGAUGACGCUGGAGUUUCCGUGAUACAUGGAAAGCUAAAGCCCCAGUCUGUAGCGGCGGCGCCGCCAUCGCCACCGCCGCCAAAACAGCUGUCUGAAGCACCACGAGCAGGCGGCGACAGUGGCAGCGAAUCGGAACGAAAGAGCGCCGGCCGGGAUUUGAAUCGGGUAUCCCACCGGGCGGGCAGCUCGGACGGCUCCCUGGUGGUGCGGGAGGGCAGCAGCAGUAGCGGCAGCAGUAGCAGUAGCGGCGGUGAGAACAUCAUGACGGUGGACCAGCUAAUGCCUAGCCAUAGCAGCGAGGGCGGCAGCAGCCAUCGGGGCCGCACUGCCAGCGGCGGCGGGGAUGACGACGCCUACGAGUCCGACUUCGUGGCUGAGUCGGUUGCGACCGAGUCCGUGGGGCGGUCCCUCUCCCGGGCCGCAUCGUCUCGGAGGCGGGGCGAGACGGCAGCGACGCCCUCCCUGGGACUGCCGAUUCGCCAGCGGGAAUUCUCCUUCGGCCGCCAGUUGGCAGCGGCGGCCGAUAGCGCCUUUACUCCGCGGCAGCUUGCUAAGAGCGGCUCUCUUUCGGAGGAAGAGUCGUACGGGAGAGGCACGGGCGGCGGCGGCGGCAAGGGCGGUAGCGCAGGUGCUGGGCCGGCCACGGUGCCUCGGCCGCCGCCGCCGCCAUCGAAGGCCCAGCAGCAGCAACAGCAACAGCGACCCGUUCCUGACCCACGGGUCGCUGUGGUGGCCGACUCAGGCAGCUACGGUUCCGUGGAGGACGAGGACGAGGCGCUGAUGGCAGCGGCGGUGCGGUCGCCUGAGGAUGAUGGGGCUAGCCGCUGGCGGCGAAGGCAGCAGCGCAUUCAACUGCACCAAAGCGCGGACACUUUAUCCCCUGAGAACUCCUCGCCGUCACUCAGCCGCGAACGCCAUGGAGGUCGCCGCCGGGGCCCAGCCGCAGAGGACGGCUCUGGCGACCCCUCCGGGACCUUCGAUGCCUCCGCCUCGCACCUGUCCCAGAGUGGCGGGCUGGGUCCCGGCCCUGUCGCACCGGCGUGGACUACCACCCCUGCUGCCGCCACCGGCCGUGACGGCGGCGGUGGCACCACAGCCGCUGCCGGUGCGGCGAUACGUGGUCCGCCGGCGAGACUUGAUCCGAAUCAGUUCUCCCGCGACAGCGACUUGUCUGAGGAGUUCAUUCCGUCGCAGGCCAUGCAGCGAGGGUUAACGGAACAGCCUAUCUUCCGGCCCCUCAUGCCCAAUACUUCCGCUCCGAGAGUAUCCGCCGGCGCGCAAGGUGCCGUGCCCGCGUUCACAGCGCGCGGCGGAGGCGUCAUCAGUCCGCCAUCGCCGCCACUGGGACCGUCGCCAUCACCUGCUGACCUGCGCCGCUUUCCGGACCCUCAUUUCCACCCCACGGAGCCGCAUCUGCCACCGCAUCCGCCACGGCCGCCGCCGGAGCCACUGUCACCGGCCGUGGCGGCGGCGGCGGCGCCGCCGCCGCCUCGCCAUGCCUUUGCCGCCACGCAGACAGACGUGUACACGAAUGUUGUUGACCUGGAUCCCGUGUCCCGCCCCGGCACAGUGAAGCUGCGCACCGUAGCCAUGCAGUGGGGCACCCUCAACGAGGCCUCCACACAAGUGGCAUUCGAUCCUGUUGCGGAGCGCCUCAUGGAAGCGUCAACGGGGCUGUACGACACGGAGGCGCUGCCGCCGCACCUGCGGCGCCAGCUGCAGGCGCACUUGCUGCAGCAGCAACAGCUGUACGGCCCCUUCACGAAGCGAGGCGGUGGCGGUGGCCUGCUGCAGGCGGGCGCCGAUGCACUGCUGCUAGGCGAAUCGCCAGGUGCUGCUUUCAGCGGCAUAGGGCCCGGCUUUGGCAUCUUAUCCCUCGCGUUCCACUCCGUCAAGACGGCGGCCCUCUUGGAGCAGCUGGAACGCAGCCUCUCCAGUGCCACCAUCGCCGCGGGAGUGGCGCCGCCGCCAGCCUACCCGCCCCACGUCUCGCAUGGCGCCGGCGCCAUGCCGUACUACCCGUACGAGUGGUGGCCGGGCCAGCCGGGUGCGGCGGCGGGGCAGCCGCCGAUGACCCCUGGUCAAGCGGCGGCGGCCGCGUAUACGGCUUCCACCGCCGCCGCUUCGGCGGCAGCGGCGGCGCAGUCACCACCACCGUCACCGCCGGCCGCCAGCGGUUCUCCGCCACUGUCGCCCCCACGACCCGCAGGGCCGCCUGGCGAUGCCAGGGACAUGGACGGUGCCAGCGGCGGUGCCGCCCCUGGCCCCGCCAGCUGGCCGACCCUAAGGACCGUCACGUCCCCUGGCGCCACUGCCGGCGCCUCCAGGCCCACCAGCCCGUUGCCGCUGACGUCGUCGCCGUCUCGACUGCGCACCAUGUCUGUGGCCGGCGGCUCAGACAUAAGCCGCGUCCGCAGCAGCGGGGGCUUCCUGCGGGAAAGCAGCGGAACUUUUGGUGUGGACCGCGGCGUGACCUACCGGCGGAGCCGCCUGUCCAGCUCUGAAAUGGGUGAUUUCGAGGACGCCGUGGAAGAGGAGAGCGGAUUGGUGGGCGGCAGUGGAGAUGUUGAAACGGUGGAGGAGGAGAACGAGGUGGAGGAGGAGAACGAGGACGUGGCGAGGGGAGCGGCGAGGCGUGAAAAGGAGACAGCGGAGAUAGAGGAGGAGGUGGAGGAGGAAGUGUUGGAGGACUCAUCCAUUCCCGAAGAGGACGUGGUCCGCAGCAGCGGCAGUGGCAGCGGCAGUGAGAGCAGCGGCCACUACAGCGAGGACUUCGAGACGGAAAGCGUGCCCGCCCAGUCGCGCUCCGUCUCCCGGACCACUUCCCUCCUACACCGCAGCAGCUUGGUGGGGUCCACCAGCCGGGGCAAGCUCAACCCGCACCUGUCCGCGACCAGCUUUUCAGGUCGCUCCAUGUUGCGGCGGGGCUCAGUGGUGGUGUCCACGCUGGCCCCCAUAGCGGGCUCCGAAGCCGUCAGCAGGGAGGACGAAGAAGAGGGAUCUCCACCGCAGGGGUCACGCAUGCUCAGCCGCGUGGGCAGCGUCAUCAAGUCCUCGUCUGGCUUCAAACGCACCGCCUCCAUCUCCAUUACGAUGGCGGAUGACCCCAUGCUGCCAAACCAAAUGGCGCGGAUUCUGCCAAAGACGUUCAGCACAAACGCAUCGGGUUCCUCGGCCGGCGGUGGCCUGGCCGCACAAGCCUCUGGCCGGCGGUUGUCCUUGGACGGAACCGGACGAGCGCACCACCACCACAAUCACCCACACCACGGCGCAGGGGCGGAGGCGGAGCCGCCGCCGGGUGGCGUCAGCGCCGCCACCACCGCCGCAGCGUCGUCGGCGGCGGGGGGGGACCAGCAUGCGCAGCAGCAGCAACAGCAGCAACCGGGCGCCUAUCCGCCGUACUAUUCCUAUCCACCUUACCCAUAUGGCACGCCAUUUGGCAUGAUGCCGUACACGCCCUACCCACCUUACCCGCCGUACACGCCAGCGCCGGCUGCAAAUGUGGCAUCGGUGCUGCAGUACCUGCCACCGCCCAUCCCCUACGUCUAUCCGCCGUACCCCACACCCAACGCUACUGCAGCCCCAGCCCCGGCCCCAGCCCCGGCACAUGGUCUCAUCCCUGGACACCGCCUGCCUGCAACCGGUGCUACGGUGGGCGGGCCAGCGGGCAUCGCCAUUGGCGGUUCAGCAGCCGGUGCGCCGCCACGACCCCAAAGCGCCAUGUCGCCCGGCGGAAGUCAUCACCAGCAACACCAUUUCCAUGUCAAGUUCGCGGACGGGAUGGCUCCAGGCGGCAGCGACGGGGCCGCCGGCGUCAGCACGGCAGCGGCCCCGGCCGUAACUCAGCAGCCGGGCGCUCGGGUCCCGGGGUCCAUGCAAACCGCGGGUGCGGCCGUUGCCGCUUUUGAUGCUGGCACCGUUCAAGCGCCCGGAAUGGCCCCUCAUACCUCACAACAGCAACAGCCUGGAUAUUCGUACACACACACUCAGCCGCCUUCGCACCACCAUUCCCAACAGCAGCAGGCUGCUACGGCGGCGACAAGCUACUAUGGCGAUAGUCCUCGCUUUAUGGGUGGUGUUCCCGGGGGCGGAUCGUUCCUGGGCUACGGGGGCUUCGGCCCAGGCUCAAGCUCCCUGUACAGUGCGCAGAGCACGCUGCAGCGCUUCGGUGCGGUACUCAGCGCUGGCGCCUUUCCUGGACUGGACCCGGCCACAGUGCGAACCAUCCGAGCAGACCUGGUCAAGACCGCGGCGGCGGUGUCAGGUCAAGUUGGCUACGAGGACAUCGUCGCGGAGGCAGGAGCAGCGGACGAGUAUCGGGCACAGCUGGCCCGUGUGAGAGCCCGGCUGGCGGCGGCACGCGCAUCCAUGCCGUCUGUGAUACCCGCCCAGGAGAAAGUCGUGCUAUUGCGCACAACCACUCGCGCAGCCGCUGCUGCAGGGCCCACGGCCCAGUCCCAGCAACAGCAGACUCACCCGCAGGCGGCUUUGGCCGGAACCCGCAUCCUGGAGGUCAGCACCACGGCGCCAGGGUCGUACCGUUAUACGACACUGGAGGACACACGGCGGCUGAUUGAGGUGACGCGGCCAUACACGUCGGUGGGAGUCAGCUGAAAAAGGGGUAGCUGGUGCAAUCUAGGGUAGUGGUCACGGGGGAAUACUGCUGCUGGCUGUUCCCAGAAAGAGGCCAGGCCACCCACACGAGCAGCGGCACAUCCGCUAUCCCCGUGCACAGCUGAAACCCAUUGUUGAGGGAAAGGAGCUCCAAGCCUGAUAUGCCUCCGCGGGGUGCUCUCAUCAAGCGAUUCCGGCGCCGUUAGUGCUUGAUGGUGAGCUGGGAUCAAUAUGCCCAUGCCCCACAGCGCACACCUUACGGUAACGGGGUCGUCACCGCCGUCCAAGUUACGUCCCCUACCGUGUAUGGCUGUAAUUUACGAGG